GGAGAAACAACGUGCGUUUAUAGGGAGGGCGGCAGCACCCAGCAGCUUUCUGCAAACUUUGGACUCCAACAAUGGCGCGGGUGGUACGGAUCUUUAAAACUCUCCAGAACCACUGGAAGAAAAGCACUGUGGGAUUUUGUUUGUUGGCUUAUGGAAGCCAUUGGCUGUAUGGCAAACACUGUGAUAACCUACUGAGAAGAGCUGCCUGUGAAGAAGCGCAGGUCUUUGGAAACCACCAGAUCCUCCCCCAUUCAGCGAUCAAGAAAGCAACGGUAUUUCUAAAUCCGGCAGCAUGUAAAGGCAAAGCGAGGGCCCUCUUUGAGAAGAAUGCAGCCCCCAUCCUACAUUUAGCCGGCAUAGAUAUCACUGUUGUAAAGACAGAUUAUGAAGGUCAAGCUAAGAAGCUGCUGGAACUCAUGGAAAAGACAGAUCUGAUCAUUGUUGCUGGAGGAGAUGGAACUGUACAAGAGGUUAUCACGGGGCUCCUGCGCAGGGACGAUGAGGCCUCCUUCAGUAAAAUCCCCAUCGGAUUCAUCCCACUGGGAGGGACCAACACACUUAGCCACACCCUCUAUCCUGAAAGGGAGAAUAAGGUCGAGCAGAUCACAGAGGCCACACUUUCCAUACUAAAAGGAGAGACUGUUCCCAUUGAUGUCCUUCAGAUAAAGGGGGAGCAAGAUCAGCCUGUGUUUGCAGUGCAGGGAAUACGAUGGGGCAGCUACCGGGAUGCUUCAGUGAAAGUCAGCAAGUAUUGGUAUCUUGGGCCACUGAAGGCCAGAGCAGCUCAUCUGUUCAGUGCACUAAAGGAGUGGCCCCAGCAACAUCAGGCCUCCAUCUCAUACCUCGGACCUGCUGAACGACCCCCGGAGGAGCCGGAGCAGAAACCAAGUCGCCCCCCUCUCUAUGUCCGAAUAUAUAGGAGACUGGCUCUUUACUGGUCACCUCCUAAAGUUGAGGUCCCUGUUGAACCCACCCCAGAACCCUGGGAGGAAGCCCAGCUCUCUGCUGUUGAACUUUCUAUCACCACCCAGAACCAUCAGCCUGACCUCCUGCGCACUUUGGAUUCCAUGAGUAUUCAUAUAGAACCUGACACCAUCCCUAAAGGGAAAUUUAUCCAGUUGGGUGCUCAGAAGAUGACUGACCCUCUACUGCACCCUGAGGACUCUCAGGUUCUACUUGCCAGUCGCUGCAGCCUGCACCUCCCCCAGGGAACGGAGGGGCAUUUCAGCAUCGAUUCUGAGGAGUAUGAAGCCAUGUCCGUGGAUGUGACUCUUUUGCCCCGCAAGCUGCAUUUUCUGUGCCAUCCCACACGGAAACAAGAGCUUCUGCAGAGCCCAACAGCAACUGCCCAAAGCUAGCGCCACCCUGUGAUAAAGCAUUAUCAACCAAUGCAAAAACUACAGCGGGAAUGUAGCGCCACCAUGUGGCUGAAGGCAAUGGUUUUACCCAACACAAGUCAGAAACAAGAGCCAAUGAUUCUACCCAACACAAGUCAGAAACAACAGUCAAUGGUUCUACCCAACACAAGUCAGAAACAAGGGCCAAUGGUUCUACCCAACACAAGUCAGAAACAAGGGCCAAUGGUUCUACCCAACACAAGUCAGAAACAAGGGCCAAUGGUUCUACCCAACACAAGUCAGAAACAAGGGCCAAUGGUUCUACCCAACACAAGUUAGAAACAAGGGUCAAUGGUUCUACCCAACGCAAGUCAGAAACAAGGGCCAAUGGUUCUACCCAACACAAGUUAGAAACAAGGGUCAAUGGUUCUACCCAACGCAAGUCAGAAACAAGGGCCAAUCGCUCUAGCCAUCGCAAGUCAGAAACAAGGGCCAAUGGUUCUACCCAACACAAGUUAGAAACAAGGGUCAAUGGUUCUACCCAACACAAGUUAGAAACAAGGGUCAAUGGUUCUACCCAACACAAGUCAGAAACAAGGGGCAAUAUCACUGCCAUGGUCACUUGCUUGUCCGUCCUACUGCCAGCUCUACAGAGACAUUAUAGUUCUACUCUGCUUCUCGCUUACGCCGCAUUUAACCUGCUGCACCAGCAACAUCGUAUGAGAGGUACUGGAACACCAGUUGGGUUAGUUCUACAGAACAGAGCCUAUCCCUCGUCUGACUGAACUGGAGAUCAGGAACAGCGGGUCCAAAAAACCCAGCCUGGAGUGAGAAUCCAAUACUCCCACUCCAGGGUUUGUUUUCGGACACCUGAUAAGACAGAAUAAUGAAUAAAUGUAAGUGCUUUUAACUUUGCAGUCACCAUUAUUUGUGAAGAUGUGUUAAAAGAAUAUAUACCCUUUAAAAAUA